UAUGGUCUCGUCAGUCUGUCCUCGACUUCAGAAGCAAUCGCACUCGAGCUCCUCCGACUUUACCAAAGUAAGGAGGCACCAGAAUUGAUUGUCGAUAAAGAAGGAAUUUUUGUGUAAAAGCGCUACAACCUACGUCAGCAUGGAAGCGGAAAUAAGACCGUCACUUGCAACUACGUCAGAUUCAAAUUUGCACAGCAGUGAAAUCGAGAUCGAAAUAGUCGUGGACGGAAUAGAGACGAAUAGCAAUACAGCGACGUUUGUGAACGAACAACUCAAAGCCAUGGCGGUAUCAAACGAAUCACCAGAGACCAUUACGAAUUCAAAUCAAACAAGGAUCACCAAUAAUUACAACAAUCAACACAAUAAUGAUUGUUCAUCGGUAACUUCCUCUAAUAUAAUAUCUUCAAAUGAAAAUCUGAACAACUUAAUAGAUUCUACGUUCACAAGAAUGAUGUCUAAAACGGUUGAGAGCGGUAGUUGCAGUGGAGAUCAGGAUCAUAUAACAAUGGAAGAGGGCUAUGAGACUUUUAAAAAGCGAAAAACAAGACGUGGUAAACCAAAACAUCGUAAACUGAAGCCUUACUUUAGACAAGCCUACCUGCAGUGCAUGCAGCGCUGCCGGACUGCUAGCAGAUCGACCAGGAACAAAUGGCCUCAUCCACCGCCGCCACCACCGCAACCUGCUUCGAUGCACUUUCCCCAAACACUGGCCCCUUACAAUACCACUCAAUUCCUCAUAGAAGACCACAACAGUGAAUUACCGGAUCUCGAGGAAAAAAUCGCUGAUGCUACCAGUCAUGAUCUUUCAAGUAACGAGACGGGAGCGUCGAUAUCGAGAACUCGAGAUUCUAGCUUCAGUAUCGAUUCCGAUGAUGAAUAUUUUUAUUCUUCGCCAGAAGAUGAAGAAGAAUUUCUGACCAAGGAAUUCAGACAGCAGUAUGAAAAUUUACACAUUGAAAGGUUGAACAGUCUUACUAAAGCUCAAUUAAUCACAGAAUACAUCGAGUUGGAAAGCAGAUAUGAAAUGGUUAUGAAAAAACGCGAGCUAAACUCUAAUAACGAUGGUGAUAAUUCUCGAGAGGCUAAAAUUUGUAAGAAAUUUCAACAGCGAAUAGAGGAACUUAUUCAGCAAAAGGAACAUCUGAUUCGGAAAGUCGACGCGUUGCAAAAGCAGUUGCAGCAGCGUCGAGUUGGAAGUCCUAUGUCAAGUAUAGAUUCAGAAAGCGACAGCGAUAGUGAUAGUUCCAACAAUAGUGGUAGUAGUUGUGCUCGUAGCAUAAAUAAAAAUUCUCCUAGCUCAACGCCAUCAGCCACACCUGGGAUUCGAUUAAUUGAUGAUGCAAUUCACCUAGAUGACUACUCUAAAAUUUGUACCCCAUUUUUGGAUGAUAUUCAAGCAUUUAAGUCACCGAGACGUCAGUGUUCUAACAUUGUGUUAAGCGGCUGUGAAAAUUUGAGCUGUAAAAUCCCUUCUUCACCAUCUUGUGAUCUUCAAAGCAACAAUGGGAUUGGGCAUACUGUUGAAAAGGUUGAAUUUUCCAAUAAAGAAGAACUACCCGAUUAAAAAAAUCAAGUCUGUAUGAAACUUUAUUUUUUUGGUCAGGUAAAGUUUUACCUGCUUUUGCGAAUUAUUCGCGUAAUGAUGUGAUAGCGCUAUUUAUUCUUUCAAUUUAUCGUCGAAAGUCGUUUAGACCCUAUUCUCCAAACCCUUAUAUCCUAUCAAAUAAAUUGUUAAAAUAAUUGACUAAAGCGCCUAAUUUAGAUUACGUAAAUUAUUUUAUAAUUUCGGUCAAUUGAACACUUUUCACGAUAAUAUAUCUUUAUCGAUUAUCCAACAUGCAACCCUGAAAUUAAAAAGAAAUGGAAGGUCCGUAUGAUGAUCAUCGUCAAAAUGUCUUAUUUAUUUAUGUCUUAAUUAUUUUAUAAAUACAAAUGAUUUAUUUAUAUGAGUAAUUUACAACUGAAAUCCACGAAAACAUCCUACGGGCAAAAUUGAAUAAGUUGAAGCAACAAUUUGUUGAAUGAAAAAUAUGUAUUAAAAUUAACGUUAAUAAUCUGAGAAUAAAAGAGUUUUGUGUUCAAGCGGUUAUCAUGCAAGUACUACCGUACUUACGUGCUUCACCAGUAGAAUCCAUCGCUAAGGCUCUGAAA